UGAUCGAAGGUUAUUACAUUAUAGAAUUCAGCGCACUAUAUAUGUGACCAUUCAUUUCAUUGGAUCAGCAUUUGCAAUAACAGAUCGAGCAUUUAACCAAGGAAACAUUAAGCACUGGCACUUCGAAAAUGGAAAGCAAAGAGAAGAAGAAACCACGACUACUGAUAGAGAAUAUGCCUUGGAUUCGGAUUCAGAUGAUCUCGGCAAUAGCGACGAGCUUACUUCUCUUCACCGUUUGUUUCUGGACAUUGCCAAUAAAUACAUCCGGACUUAAGGACCCCGCAGGACGCCUCGCGUUUGCAAUCAGGUGGUUGUUCAUAUCCUCGUUGUCCAUGAUAUUUGCAUUGUUUGGGGUACUAAGAGUCCGAGGAAGCUCGAAUGCUGUUGAUCCAAUCAAUGGAGGGGCAGAACAUUUAAUAGAGGUUCCGAACAGAAUUCUGCGAAAUACCGUCGAGCAGUAUUUUCUGCACAUGGCGGGAGUUUUGACAUUGAGCACUAUUCUGGAUGCCAGCUCUCUGAAGGUUAUUCCAAUUCUAGCUGGCCUGUUUCUCCUCGGCCGGUUUACUUACGGGGUAGGAUAUUCCCAAUCUCCCUUCAACAGGAGCUUUGGAUUUAUCAUGACUUUUAUUCCAACAUUACUUGUGUAUGUUUAUUGUACGUAUCGAAUGUUUACAGGCAAUCUGUUGCUGUCUUAAUAGAAACAAAAAUACUUA